UUGAAGGCGUGCCUAUUUUGCUCUCAAUUGCCUCUCUCUCCCUAUCUAUCUACACUAGACAAAACCAUCCAUUGCUUUCUCCCUUUCACCCAGAACUUGUUUCUCGCUCCGCAGCUUUUGAACCUCUCUUAGUUUCUCGUUCUGUCACUCUCAUAGAAAAGAAGGAACAAUGUCUAGGUGGGAGAAUCCGACGUCUUUCUCGUCCAGUCUGCUGGACGAAAUCUACCGCUCAAUUGACGAGGGCGAGAGGAGUCGUGGAGAUGUGAAGUUUUACGGGGAGACGAAGACGGCGGCAUUGGCGAAGAGACACAGCAAAAGCGGGAGGGAUACGGCGGAGGAAGAGGAGAUGGCGGCGCUUCGCAGAGCUUGUUUGAUAGAGAAAUGGAUCGAGAAGAAGGCGAGCGAGAAGGCGGAGGCAGAAAGGAGGAAGAGUCGAGCUGAGUUGGGGAGGAACUGGAAACUGGACCGGGAUCAUGAUGAUGGUGUGUUUUUCAGUUCCAAUUCAUGCUCUUCGGAAUCGAGCUCCGGUGGGUUCUCAUCGUCCGACGCUGAAUCCAUGUAUGGUUCUCGGCCGCAGCAGAGGUCAUCGUGUUUUGUUCCUUCCCUGUGGCCGAAGCCGAUUCGGACCAGCGUCCAAACUCGGUCGGUGAAAACAGAGGAGAGGAAAAAUGAGAAGAAACAGAGUGCUCUGUUUCAACCACAGAGAGACUAUCACAUGCUUGAUGACUAUCGCCACGGUCGUGUGUCAGAUCAGACGACGAAGGUGGAGGAAAGUACGAUCAAGUCCAAAUCAAGGGCAUUGAAGCUUUACGACAAUCUAAAGAAGGUGAAACAGCCAAUUUCACCGGGCGGUCGCGUCGCAAAUUUCCUCAAUUCUCUGUUCACAACAGAGAAAAUCAAGAAGACAAAGGGUACAUCAUCAGUUUCGGGGAAUGAAGAAACAGAGAGGAAAAUAUAUUCAUUGCAGGGCCCAACGUGUUCUUCAGCCUCUUCUUUUUCACGGUCAUGUCUAAGCAAAAACUCACCCAACACAAGAGAAAAAUUGCGCAAUGGGGUUAAGAAAUCGGUCCAAUUCUACCCGGUAAGUGUUGUCGUCGGUGAAGAUUGUCGACCAUGUGGGCAAAAAUGCGUGUACGAAGAACAAGAUGCACAUCUUAUGCCUGUAACUGUGCCAACAGCAUGGAAAAUCGGUCGAUCUCAGUUCAGAAAAACAGAGGAGGAGAUCGUCAAGCUUCGAGUGUUGGGGAAAAGCAGGCAAGCAGAAGAAGCAGCCAGGGAGUUUUUGAAAGACCACCGCCGGAACCAAGUUAAGACGGAGUCAUCAUUCAAUAGAGAUUAUGACAAUCAUGAUGAUGAUAUGGAUGACGAUGCUGCUAGUUGUUCGAGUUCUGAUCUUUUCGAGCUCGAUCACCUAGCGGUGGUCGGAAAAGAAAGGUAUCUGGAAGAGCUUCCGGUGUACGAAACCACACGUGUCAAUCGUACGAAUCGUGCCAUUUUCUAAUGGCUUGAGGAUUAAAAUUGUAGUUUUUUUUUUCUUUUUUUCGGUACAAGAUAUACAAAGUACA